AUGAAUUUUUGGCAUCUACUUCUGCUGGCCGUUCUGUUCUUUGUAACAGUUUUUGGAGCUGAUUUGGAAGGUUCUGGAUCAGGAGACGUCGUUGAAGAUGCUUCCGAACAAGCCAUUCUCAAAGCUCAAAAUUUGUUGAACUCGGUUCCAUCAGAGGAAAGCGGCGCAGAAGUCGAAGCCUCCGGAGAAGACGUUCAAACUUUCUUCUUCUAA